GCUGCUAUUGGCGGGAGCGGGGUGACGGGCGAUGUGGCGCGCGCUGUGCGGGUUUGUGGCGGCUGUGGGUGGCAGGGGCGCCGCGCGCUCUCACGCCUCGCGACUGCCCGCCGGGAGCCUGCUGGGACAGGAGGCCCGGGCCGACAGCCCCGCGGGUAGAAAGAGAAGUACCACAGCUAUGCCUGAAGUAAACACAGAUAAUCUUGAUGAGCAGCAGGUGCAGCUUUUGGCAGAGAUGUGUAUCCUUAUUGAUGAAAAUGACAAGAAGAUUGGUGCAGAUACCAAGAAAAACUGCCAUCUGAAUGAAAACAUUGAUAAAGGAUUAUUGCACCGAGCUUUCAGUGUUUUUUUAUUCAAUACAGAAGAUAAGUUGCUAUUGCAGCAGAGAUCAGAUGCUAAAAUUACUUUUCCAGAUUGUUUUACCAACACUUGCUGCAGCCAUCCACUAAGCACCCCACUAGAACUGGAAGAAAAUAAUGCCCAUGGUGUUCGGCGAGCAGCACAGAGGCGAUUAAGAGCAGAGUUAGGAAUUCCUCUGGAACAGGUAACUCCAGAAGAAAUCUCCUAUCUAACGCGAAUUCACUACAAGGCCCGCUCUGAUGGGAUCUGGGGAGAACAUGAAAUUGAUUACAUCUUGUUUGUGCGGAAGAACGUAACACUGAAUCCUGAUCCGAAUGAGAUCAAAAGCUACUGUUAUGUGACACAGGAAGAACUAAAACAGCUCUUGGAAAAAGCAUCAAAAAAUGAAAUCAAGAUUACUCCAUGGUUCAAAUUAAUUGCAGAGACUUUUCUUUUUAAAUGGUGGGAUAACCUGCAUAAUUUAAAUAGAUUUGUGGAUCAUGAAAAAAUACACAGAAUGUAAAAAGCUCUAAGUGAAUGUAGUGGUGAGGGAUAACAGUGGGAUGCUGUCUUAAUAGCAGUAAGGUGACUUUUAAUUCUUAAGGUUUUGAAUACUGACAAAAAUGGUACAUCAGCAGUACCUAUUGUAGGAAUUUCUGUUCCUAUGCAUAGUGAUGUUGUUUCAGUUGGGCUGGGUUUUUUGUGUUUUUUUGACGGGGCGGGCAGAGCUGUUGGGUUGUGGGUUUUUGUGUUAAUUUACAGCUGAACAACAGUGCUGGCCUGACAGCAUGGGUAAUUUAAGUCAUCUUUUCAGAGCAGGCAAGCUGUGGUGUUACCCAAGUACUGAGAAAAGUUUUGAGUGUAAAGCCAGCCUUGAUGACUAUAAGUAACAGUAGGUAUAGUAUGAACUUGUUUGGGGCUUAAUGAAUACUAAGAUAGAAAGCCUGUGUAGAAAAUAAAUUGUAAACCUUUAUUUUGAGGGGCACUGAAAUACAUUUAAUAAGGCUUAUCAGAUAAACACAAAUAGGCAACAGCAAAGUAAACUUCCCUGCAUUGCCUUUCCAUGCAGUGCCUAUAACCUGACUGAGAGUGAUGCUCUCUAAUGCAUGGAGGAUAAUCCAGUCUCUAACUCCAUUUAGUUCAAAGAAAAGGAGUACUUGUAGCACCUUGGAGGCUAACAUUUAUUUGAGCAUAAGCUUUCAUGAGCUACAGCUCACUUCAUCGGAUGCACGUAGCUCACGAAAGCUCAUGCUUAAAUAAAUUUGUUAGUCUCUAAGGUGCCACAAGUACUCCUUUUCUUUUUGUGUAUACAGACUAACAUGGCUGCUACUCUGAAACCUCCAUUUAGUUCAGUCUCCACUGUGACAGUAGAUAUGUGCCACUUCUGAAAUAGACACCCAGCCACUUACAAUUAAUCUGACACAUCUUCCAAACUCAGUUUAUGGAGGCAGAUAGGUUAAAGGAAUUUUGUCAAUGUGUAUUUAUACUAGUUCAAGUUACAUUGUUUAACUAGCAUCUCUUCAUCUUUUAUAAAAACCUAUGGCUUGUUGAUUCCUCUGUUGCUUUUAAGAUUUUUCAUUAAGGAAAAAACUGAUUUACUAGGGAAAUGCUAUCAAAUGCACAAAGUAAACAAAUCAAACUUCACAACUAUGUCAGUCUCAGUAAUACUUCAAAUUUUCAUUACAACUUCUGAAAAUGUAAGUUACACAAACGCAUGGGAAUGUUACAUGAAAAUCACCUGGAGUGACUGGUUCCUCUGCUCUUUUGUAUAAGUGUGAAGUAGAAUACUAAUAUCACUGAACACUUCCACUGUUUAAUAUUUUAACAUUUUAUUGGUGUUCUAAAGCAGAAAAUGGAAUUUCAACUUAAAUGUUUUCAUAUAGGGCAACUACAAUGGAAAUCUGUUUGUUCUUGCCUAAAAAAAGUGAAUGACAAGGCUGUUAACUGCAGUCCUUAAAAGGACAUUUAGGAUCACAGAAAGAAGUGCGACUUAACCAUUGUUAGAAUGUAAAUAUAAGAACCUUGGUAAUUCACUGAGUUCUUUGAACUUAAAUGCACUUAAAAUUACUAUUGGUGGUGUGAUAGGAGUCUUGUACAGUGGAAGACAGUAAAACUAGGUUGUGGGUUCUCCAUUAGAAUCAGAAAGCAAAGAAAGCAGUACUACCUUUAACUAAACCUUUCAAGAAAAAGGUAACAACUUGUGACCCCAUGACAUCUUCCCCCUUCUCUUUAGUCGAGCAGCCUUGAAGUGUUGUAGAGGAUUAGGUAGCAUCAUUUCUAAAAUUCCUCUGAUAACAAAAAUAAACAUUGUCUUCUACAUGA